CAGAAGAUGCGAUACUAGAGAAAAGUUGGGAAAUUUCAGCCUUAUCGACACGUGACAGAUAGCUGAGUCAGCGGCACGGCAGGCAUCACGUGCGCGGCUGCCGUGCUGGCCUCAAUGCAACUGCAACCAACACCUCGAGGCUGGAUUCCUUCUUUCUCUCGCCUUCAUCUUUAGCGGUGACCUCCUGCUCCUGUCAUCCCAUGCCAGCUUGUCCACUGCUUGUGGCGUGGAAGCUGUAGACUAGACAACAUGCGGUUCCAGCGAACCCUCCUCGCGGCCCUCCUCGCGCCCUCCCUCUCCGCCGCCUUCUACCUCCCUGGCGUCGCGCCCACCUCCUACGAUGAAGGUCAAUCCGUCCCCCUCUACGUGAAUCACCUCACUCCCGGCAUCGCCCAGCAGGACGAGCAGCUCCACUCCGUCUUCUCCUACGACUACUACCACCCGGCCUUCCGGUUCUGCCCCCCAGCGGACGGCCCCAAAGAUGUGCGGGAAUCGCUCGGCAGCAUCCUGUUUGGCGACCGCAUUCAGACGUCGCCGUUCGAGCUGCACAUGGGCAAGAACGAGACCUGCAAGGCCAUCUGCGGGCAGGUGUCCUUCGACGCCCGCAGCGCCAAGUUCGUCAACCGCCGCAUCCAGCAGGGCUACAACAUCAACUGGCUCGUCGACGGGCUGCCGGGCGCCCAGAUCAACAUGGAGGCCGUCACCCAGGACAAGUUCUAUAGCCCGGGGUUCGCCCUGGGAUCGAUCAACGAGGACGGCGUGCCCGUGCUCAACAACCACUUCGAGAUCCUGAUCGAAUACCACCGCGUCGGAUACGGCAGCCAGGAGAAGUACCGCGUCGUGGGCGUGCUCGUGCAGCCGGACUCCCGCCGCAACACCCAGAUGCUGGAGGACGGCACCGCCCAGUGCGAGAGCGACGGCGUCGGCGUGACCCUGGACGAGGAGGGUGAGACCGCCGUCACCUGGACGUAUAGUGUGUACUGGCGCGAGUCGUCCACCGCGUGGGCCACCCGCUGGGACAAGUACCUGCACGUGUACGACCCCAAGAUCCACUGGUUCUCGCUCAUCAACUCUGCUGUCUUUGUGGUCUUCCUGGUCGGCAUGGUCAGCAUGAUUCUGGUGCGGGCGCUGAAGAAGGAUAUCGCGCGGUACAACCGGCUGGAUAUGAUCGACCUGGACGACCUGAACGGGACAUCUGCGGCGGUGGAGGACGGCAUCCAGGAGGAUUCGGGCUGGAAGUUGGUCCACGGCGACGUGUUCCGGUGCCCCAAGUCCCCGCUGCUGCUGAGUGUGCUGGUGGGCAACGGCGCGCAACUGUUUAUGAUGACGGGCGUGACAGUUGUGUUUGCCCUCCUCGGUCUACUGUCCCCCGCCAACCGCGGCUUCCUGGCCACCGCCAUUCUUCUGAUCUACACACUUUUUGGAUUUGUCGGCGGCUACGUAUCGUCCCGGGUGUAUAAAUCUCUUGGAGGCGAGUCCUGGAAGCGCAACAUCAUCAUGACGCCCGUGCUGGUGCCCGGCUUCAUCUUUGGCGUCUUCUUCCUGCUCAACCUGUUUGUGUGGGCCAAGGGGUCCAGCGGCGCCGUGCCUUUUGGUACCAUGCUGGCGCUGGUGUUGAUCUGGUUUGUGAUCAGCGUGCCGCUGAGUGUGGCGGGUAGCUGGCUCGGAUUCAAACAAGAGGCCCUGGAAGGUCCCACCAAGACCAACCAGAUCCCCCGGCAGGUCCCCCCCAUGACGGGCACCCUCCGCACCACGCCGUCCAUCCUGCUGACGGGCAUCCUGCCGUUCGGAGCGAUCUUCGUGGAGCUGUACUUCAUCAUGACGUCGCUGUGGACGAACAAGAUCUACUACAUGUUCGGGUUUUUGUUCCUGUGCUACGGGCUGAUGGUGAUCACGUCGGCGGCGACGACGGUGCUGCUGGUGUACUUCCUGCUGUGCGCGGAGAACUACCGGUGGCACUGGCGGGCGUUUGCGGGAGCGGGCAUGACGGGGGGGUACGUGUUCUUGAACGCGAUCCUGUUCUGGAUCACCCGGGUCAGCUUCGGGGGGUUGACAGGAGCGGUGCUGUACGUGGGGUACUCGGCGCUGAUUGGAUUUGUGGUGUUCAUUUUGACUGGUACGUUGGCUCUUCCACUGCUCUCUCUUUCUCUCUCUCUCUCCGUGUUUCCCCCCAUCUCUUUCGUUCCCUCUCUCUGUGUGUAUACUGACUGACUGACCGUCCAGGCUCCAUUGGAUUCUUCGCCAGCUGGGCGUUCGUGCAGCGCAUCUACG